CGCACGCAUAAAAAUAAUAUAAUAAACCUACAUAAUUCGAUCGCCUUGUGUCGCGGACAUCAACAAAGAAUGUUUUCAUUCUUCGAAAAGUUCGAUUCCAUACACAAAUACAAUACGGUCGGUGAAGUAAACAAAAACGAGACGAACACAUAAAGAAGAAAGAGGAGAUAAGAUAAACACCGCAAGUGCUCAUGGGUAGCUACAGACUAGUGCGGCGAUAGUAGUCGUCGUUUCAAACGUGUCGUGUCGUAUCAGCGAACCGCGUUUUCUUCCUCGACGGUUCUUCGAGACAGACGAACUCGUCGAGCGAGCGUGGUCCAGAAGGACCUUCGUCGGGAGAAAUUGCGAGUUUCGUUUCCUCUUCCUGCGUACAGAAUGUAUCCGCACGCGAGGGAAGUGUCGUGCCUGAAAUCUUUGCCGGACCGGUCAUUGUCACCUUGCUUCAGCGUUCCCGGCACGAAGCUGAAGAACGUCAAUUGCGUUGGCUGUAAACAGGGAUUCUACGUGUCAGAUUUUAUAAAACUGAGCACGUCUAUACAGAAAGGAACCCAUAUACCUUUGUUAUUGAAUUGCGGACAUCCAAUAUGCAAUAAAUGUAUCAAGUAUAAGAAAGUUCAAAAGUGCUCUUUGUGUAACAAAAACAUUGAGGAAGCUGGCAAUGAGAAACUCCUGCCGUUGAAUUUGUACACACUAGGGCUGAUUGUCUCAUCAUAUAAUCGUAUAUUAGAAAAUGACGAUGAAGAAUUUUCAUUUUCUCACAGACUAUCUGCACAGUUACGUCAGAUAUCAAAGCAAGGAUGUUGCCAUGAAUGUGGAAAUCAAGCUAGCGUAAACUGUCCGCAAUGUGUGGCUCUCUAUUGUCAUUGCUGUUAUUCAAAAAUUCAUGGAAGAGCACUGCAGAGCCACACACAAGUUCUUAUAUCUGACGGAAGCUCCCAUAAUUCUGCUGCAAUGCUAAAUAGCUGUUCGUCAACAUGUUAUGAACCAUUAAACUAUUUUUGUAAUGACUGUAAUGUGGCUUGUUGUUCUAAUUGUACUUUGCGCUUACACAAACUGCAUGAUUUUGAGACAUUAUUAGAAAAGAACCAGAUCCUGCUACCCGAGUUUAAUCAGAUUUACAUGGACAUCGAGGAGACGCUGUUGCGAGUUAGCCAGACAAAAGAGAAGAUAAAAUCAGUCUUAAUACGUGAUACGUGCGAACCGGAAAACAGUGAAAAUAUAGAGAUGACAAUCGCUCAAUACUUCGCAUAUCUACAUGGCAUUCUUCAAAAUAUGGAGGAAAAAUUGACAAAUCAGUUAUAUCAGCGGCGUGAUUCUCUCAAGAAUAAUUUAGAAGAAUUAGAUACACAACUUCAGUCGCAAGAGGAAAGAUUGAAAAUGACGUUGCAGAUGGCUUCGUACGCGAAACAGAACUUUCACAAGGUGGAUAUACGAAAUGCAAUAAACAUUUUGAAGGAACUAGCGGACUUGCCUUGUCACUUGAUGUAUAAAGAUACCGGUCAAAACUAUAAGGCAACGUUUACCGUCAAUAGUUCGAUUGUCGCAACAUUAGAAAAUCAUUGUUCCAUUCAAGUGCCGCCAAUAUCGUUCUACAGUCUCGUACGAACGGAUGAAUUACCAAAGAAUUAUAUAGUAUCACCCAUAAAAAAGGAAUUGAGUGCAAAGAUCUGUGAAGAACUACCAUUGAUGAUGCUAACGUCAAAGAAAUCAAACAGUUCAUUGAACUCAACAAUAUCCUCCAAAUCAGAAGAUAUGGAAUACGUAAGGAAGGAAGAUAAGAGUCAAGAAAGUACUUUCGAGUUUAAGGUAGACGUGAUAUAUGUUAUUAAUCCGUCAUUGUUCUUCGUCCGGAAAACGGCUUUGAAAUCGCAAUUUGAACAAUUUGAACAAGACUUGACGAAAUAUGGAGAUGACAUAGGAAGUGUAAAGUCGUCGAUCGAGCUCGAGCUAGAUGACAUAUGUAUCGUUAAACAGAAGAAGAAAUUAAAUGAAAAAUGGUUGCGAGGACGCGUGAUCGAGGUUAAUAGGAGCGAAGAGCGCGAGACGUCCUAUAAUAUAUUUUACUUAGACUAUGGCUACGAGGAACGGAAGAUACCGACUUCGAGAAUACGAAACAUCACCGACCAUUUAUUAGAAUUGCCACCACAGGCGAUUCGAUGCUGUUUGCAUGGUCUGAUGCCGAAGUAUCUUAACUGGACGAAGGCGAGCACAAACGAUUUUAUGAAGUUAACAAAUGGAGUGGAUUGCUCGAUAUGCAUCAUUAAAUCUACCCCUGAGACGCUGCACGUGGAUCUCUGUAUUAUCUCAAAAAAUAAUGACAUGGGUCCACAAUCAAUGUGUAAUCUUAUGAAAGCUAUGGAUUACGCGCGUCUGAACGGUUCGCAAAGUAUCACACAAGCAGUGAAACCCUUUUAUGUAUACAAUAAAGAAGAACUUGCGUUACAUAAGACAAUAAUGGUUUAUGUUGGCUCGUAUGAAGCUCCGGAUAAGAUUUAUGUCCAGAAAAUUGGACGACAAACUAGACUUUUGAAAUUAGAAAAAGAGUUACAGGAAUAUUAUAAGAAAGACAAUUUGACGAAAAUGAUUGAUACACCCCAAAAAGGUUUACCUUGCGGUGUGCGAUUGGAAGAUGGUACUUGGCAACGUGGCGAAAUCGUUGAAGUUAUUAACGAAAAUGAAAUUCGAGUGUAUUGCGUGGAUUGGGGACACACGACACUUCUACCGUACGAUCGAUUACGAGAAAUUCCAUAUGAGUACACUGUAUUUAAUGCACAAGCCAUAAGGAUAUCGUUGAUGUAUGUAAUGCCGGAAAAUGAUGGAAGAUGGAAAUCGGAGGCCUUCAUAACGCUAAUGAAUCUCUUCAAGCGCGCAAAAUGUGUAACAGUAUCUCCUCGAAAGAAGAUGGAGGACGGAUAUUUUGGUUGUAUGUCCAGCGAUAAUGUCGAUGUUAGUCGACAUUUGAAAAAUACAGGCGUCGUCAAAGAUUUUCAAAUGAACAAAUUUAAACACAAAGUGCUUAAGAAUUCAGAAUUUGCUUUUAAUAAGCACACUGUUUUACCACUGGAGGCACUCGACAGUUUCAUGAAGGAAGAUUCGUACGACGAACUAGAAAACGAAAAGAAAAAAUCAGAAGAGAAGAAUGAGAUCAGUAAAGAUCCUUUUAAGAUGGAGGUGUCCAUACAACGAGUGGUCACACCGUACUGCAUUUAUGUUGCGCAGACGGAGCACGAGGCAUCGAACACGAGAAUGAUGUCGGCGAUGCAGAGCUUCUACAAUACUUAUAAAUCCGAACCACGAGAUAAGUGGAGCGAGGGUGAUCUGUGCGCCGCAUAUUCCGCAAAGGAUAAGACUUAUUUCCGUGCAAAAAUCUUAAAGAUAAAAUCCCUGACGGAGGUAUUGGUUUAUUUUUACGAUAUGGGUAUCGAAGAGACAGUGACAAUGAAAGAUAUACAGAUUUUGCACAUGAAAUUUGCGAAAGAGGCAACGUAUUGCUUCAAAGUGAAGCUAGCGGGUAUUUUGCCGUGCGGUGGCUCAGCCAUGUGGCUGUCGUUUUCUUGUUCGGUACUGUCUGAUUUUAUACAGGAAAAUGCAUAUUGCAAAUAUUAUAUCACUAGACCGGUUCAAGAAGAAGUUUAUGACGAUGCGAUACCUGUCGAGCUUUGGAUAAGACAGACUAAAAUACCAGGACCACUGGCGCCAACUAAAAUAGAGAUUAAUUCUAUCAAUAAAAUAUUGGUGCAACAGGGUGUGGCUUUACCCAUUAAAGAUUACUUUGUAAAGUCAGAUUCAAUUCUCGCUGCAGAGUUUAAACAACAAUUAAAAGAUAAUCAUCAAUAUGUAUUGACUAAAGAAGAUGAAGAAGAAGUAAAGUGGUUUAACAAAGAAUUUAAUAAUGACAAUAAUUUGAAAAAAAUAGAUGAAACUAUCUCACGUGAGAGUGAUUCGUCGUGCUAUUCUAAUAAUGAUGCAUUACCUAAUUUAAUCAUCAAAAAUCAGAUGGGCUCGAUGAAUCGCGAGUGUGCAAACAAGUGUUCUGAUUGGUUACCACCGAUUGAAAUAACGGAAAAAGUAUUCAAUGCUAUACCGACAUACGUGGACGACAAAUGCGCAGUGUAUCUGCAUCCUAAAAAGCACAAUGCCGAUAUGCUUUAUUACAUAGAAUCUGAAUUGCAGUCUCAUUAUAAAAACAUUAAAAUAAAAAAGGAAAAAGAAUGGAAAGUGGGAGAUAUAUGUAUUGCUCGAUAUCACCAUGACAAAAAAUGGUAUAGAGGCCGAAUUACUAAAAAUUUAGGAAAUGCAUUAAUGGUGGAAUUUGUCGAUUAUGGUAAUGUGGAAGAAUGUGAAAAGGAACAUGUGACAGAUUAUAUUAGAUUGGGACAUAUUCCUAUCCAGUGCACAAAAUGUAUCAUUAGCGGAUUAAAACCGGGAAUCUCAAAAGGUAAAUGGAUGUUGCACGAUUUAGAUCGAAUACAUGCUCUUAUUGUCGAGAAAGAAUGCAAAGUGUCUGUUUUACAACGACAAUCUACACAUUUAAUUAUAUCAAUAACAUUAUUGCGACCAUGGAAAUGUGAUUUGUUGUUGUAUCUUACAAAUCACAUGAAUAUGAAAAUUAUAAUCGAUCAUAAGGAGUUGAGUGAAAGCGAAUCCUUAAAAUCGGAUUCUAGCAGAGACGUUAUCAUCGAAGAAAUAAUAAAUGAUACACUAUGCACGGCUAAUACUUCAGAAGAAAAUUUAUCAGAAACAUAUUUGCAAGGUAUUACAUUUACUGAGAAUGUGAUCAGCGGUAAUUCUGCAGAAAUAGAGUUUUUGAAUCUAGAAUCGCCUGAUUCACUUAGCAAACAGAGCGAUUUUGAAAAUAUAGCUUGGGCGGACAAGCAAUUGAAAGCUUGUUCAACACCAGAGCCAGAAUUAGAGGAAGAAAAAGAUAUUUUCGAUGUAUACAAACAAUUGAUAAUUCCACAAGAGACCAAGUAUAUUGAAUUAAUAUUAUGUUUCAAUAAAGAUCCCAUUACCUCAUUCGCGCACUUGGGUGAGAACAAUGAUCCCAUGUUUUCCAAAGUAUUUCAUGAUUAUCAUGUGCAAUAUAAGGCUAUGAUGUCAGACUUGCAAACCGAUGUUUAUAAUCAACCGUUAAUCGAGUCUUUUGAAAAUAAUACUCCAUGCAUAACGAAGUUUUCUGAUGACAUGUGGUAUAGAUGUGUCAUUAUAAAUAGUAAAAAAACUCCAGAUUCUCAAUUCAUACAGAUCUCACUGUAUUAUGUUGAUUAUGGUAAUUAUGAAGAUAAAACAGUGGAUUUAUUCUCAACAAAGCACGGUUUACAUGCACCAAAAGAAGAAUGGCUAGAAUUGCCUGCUAUGACUGUUAAAUGUACAUUUUGGGGGCUAAACUUUGUCUCUAACAAUACCACUUUAUUAGCAUCAAAGUUAGAUGAAAUAUAUAAUCAAACAGUUGUGGCCCGAGUUAAGGAAAUUAACGAUGGGAAUAGCAUCGUGGCAGAAAUAUACAAGGACAAAACGUGCAAAGCUUUUUACGCUCACUUGAUAAAAGAAGGUUUAUAUCGAUUUAAGAACUCUGAAGAAAACUGAGAAGCAAUUUUAAGCGCCUAAAAUUUUACUGAUUAAUUUUUUGAUUAGGAUGAUGAUUAAUUAUUCUUUAAAUCAUGUACAUUAUGCAAUUAAUUUGCAUGUAAACGAUUUAACAAAUCAGUCUGAAAUUUGCAGUUUCUUUUCUAUACGUAAAUAUAGGUAUAAGGUUGACUACUGAACCUCUAGUAAUAAGAAAAGCAGAUAUUAUAUUUUGUAAGAAUGUAUUCAUUGUACAUCACAUAAGAUUACUUUAAGAUUAUAUUACCUUUUUAAAGUAGAGAUUUACUCUUUAAGAGAUUAAGUUGUACAUCAGCGCUGAGUACUCUUUGCAAUUUGUUCCUUUAGAACCAAAAUACUUUGUCUCUGUUCAGGUGGAAGCAUAGCAAUUUGCUCAUCUGAUAAUUGCAACACUUGCAUUAUUAAGGCCGCCUGCAAAAGAAAGCAAUGAUGUGCUUUGAAUUUAUUUAAAACACAUAAAGAUACAUAUAUGUAUUCAGAA